AUGUUUUGGGGCAGAAGCGAAGAGCUGAGGCGACGAGCAAGAAAGCAAGAGAGAAAAAACCCAGAUAUAGAUAGACGUGAAAGGCAUAAUGAGAGGCAUAGGCGGUAUCGGGCGAGGCACAGGGAGCAGGAGGAAGAGAGAAGUAGGGAGCUUGUGCAAUUGUGUGCGAGUUCAUGGGGCCAUGAUGAACGUCAAUUUUGAAACAGUGGCCAUAUUUGAAAUGCUAACGAGGUACCACAACCAUCCUGAGGCAUGUCUAGAGGAAACGAUUGCUCUGGAGGAGAUUUUGCUGAAUUUACGGUGAAGGAAAAAAAAAACCUGGCUCUUUUAAGAGCCACCAAAUCUAUGAAAGAAUAUGAGCAGUUCGAAAUUGUGUAUAAUUUUUUCAUGUAGGUGAAUUAUUUGCAGGGGAAUUUUUAUGCAGGUAAAUUGAAUAGUUAUAAGGAAAUUUUUUUAUGUGUGUAAGUGUUUGCGAGAUAGUUUUUUUAGGGCGAGUUAAGUAUGAAUAUCACAGUAUUCGUUUCAAUUCUUUUGUUAUUUUGGUGGUUCCUAUAGGAACCGGUUUUUUGUUUUUUUCUUUAAGCGUCCAGCAUCUUCUCCAGCCACAUCGCAAAUGCUUCGACCUCCACUUUGGCGCAGUGUUGGUAGACGGCGUUUUCGGUGUGUUUUCCACACGUUUCGAGCCAGACCAGCUGGUCGAAGAGCUUUUCAGCCUUGGGACAACCAUAAUCUUGUAAAUCAAGCGCAGGAAUGUUAAGGCUAGCUAACAGGUCUCUUUCAUAUAUCCCGCCUUUGUACGCAAUGGUUGGCCUCGAGUUCUGACAUACAUUUUCAUACAGCUGAGAGAUUAUCUUAGGAAGACUGGAAAGAUGAAGGGCAUCGACUCCAACAGGCACACCAAAAGGUAAUUUAUGGAUGUGAAUUUGUACAUAUUUGCAUGCUCUUUGGUAUUUACGCGUCAGGUCGUUCCACUUUAGACCAGUGUCGAAAAAGGAUUGAGCUGUAGCAUCUCCAACACUCAGAAAACCCAAUUCUUUAGAGAAAAAACUUUUGUUGACAAAAAAACCAUCCAUAUCUAUAACUGCAGCAAUAUUUGUCGCAUAACACUUAUCACGCGAAGUUUGUCGCAUAACUUUUUUCACGUGACACAUGUCGCAUAGCGUUUGUUCCAUAACAUUUGUCGCAUAACACGUAUGAUUUUGGCGGGUUGAGUUUUUGUGUAAAAGGCAAGAAGUAAAGUAAGCUGCUUCCAAUUCAACUACAGACAAGGGUUCCUUUUGGUUUUGUGGAAAGAAGCCCAGCUGUGGAUUUCUAUGUAAAGAAGAGGACGGUUAUCUGUUCCAGAUAGCUCUGACAACUUGGAGAGCCAUGGGUUUGACGCAGCCGAUAUGUGAGAGUCACCGAAAGCCCGCGAAGUUUCGUGUAGUUAAAGACAUGCUGAAAAAGUCUUAUGGACGACCGUAUUUUACGUGUGCAAGUCGGGAGAAUCCUUGCUCCUUAUGGAUGUGGGCAGAAGAGAAAGAGGCCGAGAAACCAAAUUGCUAUCACAACAAACCGUGUGCUGUGAAGCGGGUCAAGAAACAAGGUCCCAAUACGGGUAAAAAGUUCUUCUGUUGCUGCAACAAAAACCGGUGUGAUUAUUUUGAAUGGGGUCCUGAGGAAUUGCCAAAACAGCCUGACACCAUGGCGCCUUUCGUACCACUGUUUUACAAUCGUUAUUAUCCAGAUGCUCAGCAGAACUGA